GAAACAGUUCUUGGUUGCUGAUUAAUUUUACGCCAGCUCAGUCUUCUCGCACCUACUUAACCGAGGUCGUUAUCCAGCGUCAUUGCAGCGACACGCGGGUUUGUGGUAACAGAUUCGAAUCCAGGGUGAAGCUUUCACCUCCUUUGAUUUGUGAUCGCAUCCUUAACUCAACGGUUUGGCCGUCCGCAUGCCAGGCGUAGGACACAGCUUCGAUUCACGGUAGCGUCAGUGAGUUUUACGUCUUAUGAGGACUGGCUUUGGGUGUACUUUGCGUUGUGGUGACAGUGGAGGACCUAAAUUUAGGCCUCAGGUUUGGUAAACUGUACUGUAAUGACUAACAGAGCGUUGUGCUAACCACAUGUUACUCUUUGCUGACGUCCAGUAACAGCCACAGACAUCAGUCCGCAGCACGUGUUCCAUAGGCCUGAAUGCGGAUUUAAGUUAUAAUAGCUGUGUGGCCACCAAGGAUAAUGAAGGGGGUGACGCACUGUGCCUUGAUUACCAAAUGAAUGGACAGUGUCGCACAGAAAUCCUACACCUCUCAACUGUUCCUUAUAUCAUAAGGCCUAAACCACAGUUAAUGCUGGUCCUUCCAACAUUCGUCGCCUGCUGGGUGCUAUUCAAGAUCGAGAGGCAGGCGGAGGGGAUGUCGCGGCGCAGGAGCGUGUGCGGCGUGGCGCUGAUCUGUUCCAUCGGCGUGCUGAUGCUGCUGGCCAGCCAGAGACUCGUCAGCACCGCCAACAUGGAGCGCACCCCUUUCAUCGACAUCGGACGCACCAUUCAGCAAUGGUCCAGCAAUGAAAUUGAUAUCGAUGAACCCGUAAACUACACGAAGGAGAUCAGUGACGUGGUCUCAGAAAUGAGGCAAAUCAUAGGUGCAGAGAUGGAGGACUACCAGUACCCAAACGGACUAUACAACGUGACAGCAAGAUCGCUUGCAGAUCUUGUGCCAGAACUGGGAGGCCAACCAAUUAGAAACCUAGUUAUAACAACCUGGAGAUCAGGUUCGACUUUCUUGGGGGAUGUUCUGAACAGUCAUCCUGGAAACUUCUACCAUUAUGAACCACUUCUUGAUUACGACAUUGUUCGGAUCAGAGAAGAGCCCUCAGCGAGUGAAGCUGUAAGAAUACUGAAGGCCUUGCUCAACUGUAACUACACAGGCCUAGAUCACUACCUCGAAUAUGGAAAAUAUCAUGUGUGGUUAUUUACCCACAAUACUCGGCUGUGGGAGCAAUGUCAGCAGCACCCUUCAUUGUGCUGGCUGCCAGAAUUCCUAAACCCAUUCUGUCGACUCUUCCCAUUUCAGAGCAUGAAGACUGUACGACUAAAGUUAAGCCUUGCUGAACGCCUUCUUGCUGACAAAAGUCUGAAUGUACGAGUUUUGCUGCUGGUGCGUGAUCCUCGUGGCACUUUGCAGUCUCGUAAGCAUCGCUCAUGGUGUCCGGGAAGUCCUGACUGUAGUGAACCCAGGAUUCUGUGCAGUGAUCUCAUUGCUGAUUAUGAAUCUGCUAAGGAGUUUGCUGUAAAAUAUCCCAAUCGUUUCAGGGUUGUGAGAUAUGAAGAUCUAUCAGUGACACCUUACAGAAGUGUGAAAGAACUGUUCCAGUUUUUUGGACUGGACUUCCACCCAAAUGUUCAAAAGUUCCUUGAUACACAUACAAAAGUGGAUGUUGGUGGAGUUUCCAGCACAUAUCGUAAUUCGAAAUCAGCUCCAUUCCAUUGGCGUCAAGAUCUUUCGUUUCUGGAAGUGCGUGCUAUACAACGACACUGCAAGCAAGCCAUGGAUUCUUGGGGAUAUGUAGAGGCAUUUAACUCCACACAUCAACGUGAGUUUAAUCCACUGAGUGACUACAAGCUUGCAUAGUGCCUUGCACAAUUUUGUGGUUGUGAUACUGAAGAGAUUGCCUUAGAACACUGCUAAGAAAGGUAAUUCAUAGCGUUGAAAUAAUGAACUGUUAUUUCUGUGAGCAUUCCAGUACUUUUUUAUUUGGACAACUUCUUUUUGUAUAAUCAGAUAAUUGCUGGUCAGAAUGAUAUCAGCCAAUAGCUUUUCCCUCCAUGUCUGAGUAUACCUGAAUUUUCUUUUUAUCUGAACUGUUGUGUGUUAUAUGUGAAGCAGAGUAGUUGUGAACAUAGAGUGAGGUGUCCUUUUUUCUGUUUUGGACAACCUCAAACUGACAAAGGGAUUCUGCAAUAACAUUGUUCAGUCUGUGAUGGCACUUAGGGAAUCUGCUAGCAUUUAGAACAUAUUGUGAGACAUGUCAUGUGAUAUGGAUUAUAUCAUUUCUCUUGUAGUUCUUAUUUAACAGAACUAUUAUACUAAGUUUUCAAACAUAAAAGACUAAUGAUACAGUGCUCAUAAGAAAUGUCUGAGAGUGGAGUAAAAGUUUGGGCCAUUUUUACAUUGCUGACAUAGUUAUUUAUUUGAUUAUCACAAUUUUAAUGUUUGGCAGCUGUAGAUAUAAAUUACUUGUUAUUAUUGUAUUGUAUGGGCAAUUAAAUUGGUCAUUUUUUCUCACCGUUGAUAAUAGUACUCCCUGGUAGUCAAUUGAUAUGGAAGGGAUGGCAGUUUUAUUAAAAUAUUUACACAUUUCCAGAUCUGAUGAUGUUCUCCUAAUUGACUUUUUUUUUUUUUUUUUUUUUUUUUUUUUUUUUUUUUUUUUUUUUUUUUUUUUUUUACAUGACACAGUAAAGCUGCCAAAAUAAAAUGGCUACUUCCACUGAUUUUAGUUAGUUUUAUUCUGUGACAUUAAAUUGUCAUGUGGGCUUCUUGUUCUUGAUUUUUUUGCAUAGGAGAUAGUUGAUCAUAUAAGUAUGUCUUCUAAAAAAGUAUAAUGAUACUUUAAUAAUGAGAUUAUUGAGUGUUGGUAAAAGCUUCAGUUUUAAAAUUCUGUAUCUCGUUGUGAAAGUGCAGAAUGAUUUUGUUUUCUGUCCUUUCUUAUCAAACAUUGAAUUGACAUGUGUUUUGUUUUUACUGUCACUCAGAAUCCUCUAGUGGAUGCCACACAUUAUAGAGUCAAAAGUAAAACACAGCUUAAAAGUUUUCAUGAAAUUUUUGAUCUGUGAGCUGGAUAUCAGCACUGGGUUUAGAAUAUUGUAUGCUUGCUAGAGCAAUAAGCAAUACUUACAAUUACAAUACAGCAAUAUGUACAGUUACUAGCAGUGUUGUGCAAGACUGAAAGGAAUUACUUUUCACAGUGCUAUUUGUUGUUGAACAAGUGUUUUUUAGAAAUACAGCUGUGGACUGGCCCAUUGUUAGCAUUUGGUAUAAUGUUUUAUUGUAACUGGAAUAAAUUACAAUUUUUGCUCAUGUUUUUAUCAAUACUGGAAGAGAUUUAUUGAUAGUUUUUUCAUCAUAUAGGAGCUAUUAAAGUAAUGUCAUAGGAAUUUACCAAAACUGGCACUGACCUUGUCAUUUUAGUAGUGUGUAUUUUACGGUUACUGUAACUUCCAGGACUCUAGUUCGAAGUAUUAGGUACUACAUGCUUUAGGGAAUUGAAGCAGCAAAUGAAGUAGGUAUUUAAUCUACUCCAGUUUCCCAGAAGAGCUGUAAUGUGUUUCUUCGAUACACACUGCAAUGUCUAGCCACCUAAUAAGAUCAUUAUUAGCAAGACAAGAUACCAAUUAAGUAUUUCAGUUGUAAUAAAAGUGAGGAAUUUUUGGGUUGAUUUUUAUAAAGCAGCCUCCAUUUUUUUACUCUUCUGGUUGUAUAUGUAGAUCCACACCUGCCUUAUAGAACACUGCCAUAGUGUGAAGAGUGCCUUCAAUAACAUUUCCAUUGAUUUUUAAUAUAGGCUUCGAUAUUUUAGGCUCAAUAAACACAAUAAUGAAAGUAUUAAUGAUAUAUUAAAAGACUGUUGGUCUAGAAAAAAAAAUCUUUUUUAAUGGAUAACUUGCAUGUUAUUUUUUGCAUUGGCGAUAAUCAUUUUUUUUAGUUAAGGAGUUACUUUAUUUUUUCCUACAUAUGCUGGUUUGAGUCAAUGUAAAUUUCAUGUUUUCAAGCUUUCUGAACUAUAAUUUGUUAAAUUUUUGUUGUGUUUAUGUAACCUGCAAAAUCAAGAAAAAAAUAAAUAUUGUCAAAACAAGUGUUUGUGUAACAUUGUGUUGUUAUUCCAUGAUAAAUGGUUUUGUACAGUCAAUUUUAGAAGAAAUCUUCCAUAGAAGUUUUUAUCAUGUGGAGAAUAAAUUGCUAUGUCAGGUUUUGACAGGAAGUUGUUAUCAAACUGCAUGUGUUAAUUUUUUAUUGUGGUUGUUGUUACCCAAAUUCAAAAGAAUGCUUUUGUAAUCAAGAGACACUCUUCUCAAGUAACAAAAUUUAUCUGAGAUCAGUUUCAAAUAAAAGUAGACACUGAAAACAAAGUGUUCUGUUCAUUCCUAUUAUAUAUGAUUUCAUGUCUCAAAAUCCAUUGCGUAUGAUAGAUAUUUAUCAUCUUAGUACACCACAUGAAUAUAAAUACACACUAAGUUUC